AGAGGUUAAAUUUGUUUUUGUUUAAUUUUUGAAAUAUGAUUUAGAAUUUAGCAAUCAUGUCAGUACAAUAUGUUAAAUUAUGUUCGGUUAUAUUAAAACAAAUAUUUGGAGAAAUAGUUCAAAAAAUUGGUGAAUCUCUUUUAGGAGCGCCGUCACGAACUUUAAAAUCUGUAAUAAAAUCAACCAAUUUAUCACGGUCAGAUGUUUGUGCAGGACUUUCUAUACUGAUUAAAUUCGGUAUAGUUGAGUUUAGCAAGUCUCAAGUAAAUGAGACUGAAGUUGAGUACUCAAUCAAAAAAGAACGGGUCUUAUUUAUCUUGAAGUAUUCGAAAUAUGUUUAUCAUAUUCAAACUAAAUAUGGAGCUGUAGCUGCUUCAAUAAUAGAGGAGCUUUUGAGGGUUGGUUCGGAAACGGCCACUACUUUACUCUCAAAAUGUUUCAUAAAUGCUGAUAAUAAGGAUAGUUUAGUAAAUUACAGAGACAUGUUCAUUAAUUUGAUAAAUGAGCGUUAUAUUGUUAGGCAACCUGCUCCUGUAACAAUUGCUGAUGAAAAUAAUCCAAUUCCAAUUUUGAAGCUUGAAGAUGAUUUAUAUUUCAAACCACCCGAAAUUAAUUUAUCGCUAUUGCAAGAAAUUUUAACAUCACAGGGUCCAAAACCAACUCCUGGAGAAUUAUACUGGACUGUGAAUUUUUUACAAUUUCAUCAAGAUUUUAGGGAUUUACUAAUGAUAUCCGCUAUUGAAAACAAACUUGGAAUCGGGGCCGGUGAAUGUUUAAAAUUUGUUUUAAAACUCAUCUAUACCAAGACUUUUGCCUGGGAAAAAGAAUGUUCAAAUCCAUUUAGUUUAGCUGAAGUCAAACAAUUCAUUGAUAAAAAAAAGGUUUCGUCGGAUCUGAUAAAAUAUGUUGACAAUUACGUUGUGCUAAUUGCUGAAGAUUCAUUGGGCUUCCUCCAAAAAGUAGGAGAAGUAGGUGGCGGACAAUAUGUUGUUAAUUUUAAAAAAGGUCUUCAGGAACUUGCUUUUAUAUGCGUAGAAAAUGUGAUUAAUGAAAAAUUUGGUUCAAAGGCAGCAAGAAUUUUUCGUGUUAUUAAAUCAAAACAAUAUAUUGAGCAGGAAGAGAUUCAAAAGGAGGCAAUGAUUCCAUCAAAGGAAGCUAAAUUAUUAACAUAUAAUUUAUUUCAAGAACAUUUUAUUCAAAUAAAAACGAUACGAAAAGCAGGUGGUGGUGGCACUGGCCCUGCUAAAUCAUUUUUCUUAUUUCAUACAUCUUUAACUCCAGUCGUUCACAUGUUAUUGGACCAUUGCCAUAAGUCGCUAUGUAAUAUUAUUACUAGAUCGGUAUAUGAGAAAUCAGAAAACAAGAGAUUAAUUGAUAAAUCCCAGAAAUUAGAUAGUAUUGUAGAAACAAUUAAAGAGCGUGGUGAAUCAGAGGAAUAUAUAGCGGAGAUUUUAGAAACUUUAACACCUGCUGAAAGAGAAAUAUUGCAAAAUGUUAAAAACCAUAUUAAAACCUUAUCGACCGCGGAAUUGAUUUUAGAAAAUACAAUAUUUUUACUACAGCUUUAUCAAUAUCAUAAUAGCAAUAAAAAAUAA